AUGAUAUAUUUAAUAGUUUUGAUUUUUAACAGAAUGGAAAACUUUCGAUCGCCGUUUCGGAAGAAUUCAGCUGACACCAGCAGUUCCGAUGACGCCGCCGCCGCCGCCCAAGACGGAAAACACGAGCUGGUGCGGACGAGGGUCGGUGGUAUCUUGGAGGUUCCGGUGGCGGCGCGGUGGUUGGGUAAGGCGGCUGCAUGGGGGAAGGAUAAUGGUGAGCAGAGGAAGCCCGGUAAGUUGUUACUGAAUGUGAAUAUAGAGAACAGUGUUGGGGCGGUUCAGGUGGUGAUGUUGCCGGAAAACACCGUGCAUGACCUGAAAAAGGCGGUGGUGGAGAUUUAUGUUAGAGAGAAGAGGCGUCCCUUUUUGGCUUGUUCGGAUCCUCGUUGUUUUGUGCUUCAUUACUCGCCCUUUAGUCUAGAAGGGUUGAAGCCGGAAGAGAAACUCAAGAACCUUGGAUCACGCAACUUCUUUUUGUGUCAAAAACCUGGCAUUUCCAUCGACAAACAACCAUUGUUGUUGGAGCAGGCUAAUACAGUGGGCAAAUCUUCAUUUCUAUUUGUUGGUCUCAUGGAUUUUGUGUUGUAG